AUGGUGACAACAGCAGCUGACAUCCAAACAACUCCCACCGUAACGACAGCAACGGCCAUAAUGAGGCUCAAGCUCAUCAUCGCAAGGCCGUUCGACGCGGACAAACCCGCGCUAUGGUUCGCGCAGCUGGAUACACAGUUCGCUGACCUGAGAUACGUCACCGAGUCAGAUAAGUACAACAAAACGGUACCGCUGAUCGACACUGCUUACGCGGCAGAAAUCGAAGAUUUAAUUGUCUCCAGACCUGUAACAAAUCCAUACCAAACAUUAAAAAACGAACUAAUCAGAUGUUUCACAAAAUCCAGGACUGCGAACAUCAUCCAAUUGCUCGACAGGGAGAGCAUUGAGGAUCGAACCCCGUCCAAACACCUGAGACAUUUAAAAAGACUUGUUCCAGGCAUUGACAACGAGGUCCUGAAAACGCGCUGGUUGUCUCAUCUCCCCGAGCAGACGCGAGCUACACUGGCCACCCAGGAGAACACUUCCAUUGAUGAUCUCGCGAAGCUAGCAGACAGGGUGCACGAGGUAUUCAACCCGAACAGCGUCACAGCAAUCACCAGCUCGCCAGCCAACGCAGUCAACAUGGCGCUCCUCGAGCGAAUUGAGCAGCUGACGGCGGCCGUUGCCACCAUGCAAACGCGCGACCCACGGUCUCGUUCACGAACACGUCGAGACGGCUCACAGGGUCAGCGCAGCCACUCGCGCCGACGCUCCAGCUCGAGGAAAAUAUCAAAGAAUUUUGACACCUGCUGGUAUCACCACAAGCAUGGUAAUAACGCCCGUAACUGCCUACCCGGUGGUAAAUUUCAAGGAAACGCCAGAGAGAGACAAUAA